ACGUUUUCUUAUCCUCAGUAGAGAUUCAGGAGUCUUCCCCUAUUCCAGACAGGCAGACUUGUGCUAGAUUGAAGGUGAUCACAUUUAUGUCUGACCUUGUGCAGAGCAUUGCAGUCGGGGCAUGUCACCAGGUUUUCAGGUUGAAAAUAUUUUCUCAUCCUAACCUGUCUUCCUUCUCUUUGGAGAACAGGACUAUGUGGCGCCAUGUUACCAGUCUUUGAUGUCUAGAUUUUACAAGGAGCAGAAAAAAGGAGUAUAUGAUGAGGAAUAUUUCUAGUGCUACUGAAUUCUGCCUUCUAGGCUUUCCUGGGUCCCAAGAACUACACCACAUUCUUUUUGCCAUAUUCUUUUUCUUCUACUCAGUGACAUUAAUGGGAAACACAGUCAUCAUUGUGAUUGUUUGUGUGGAUAAACGUCUGCAGUCUCCCAUGUAUUUCUUCCUUGGUCAUCUCUCUGCCUUGGAGAUCAUGAUCACAACUAUUACUGUGCCCAUGAUGCUUUGGGGAUUGAUGCUCCCUGGGAUGCAGACAAUAUCUCUGGUUGCAUGUGUCACCCAGCUCUUCCUGUACCUUGCUGUGGGGACCACAGAGUUUGUGUUACUGGGAGCGAUGGCUGUGGACCGUUACGUGGCUGUCUGUAACCCUUUGAGGUACAACAUCAUUAUGAACAGCCACACCUGCAUCUGGGUGGUCAUUGUGUCAUGGGUGUUUGGGUUCCUUUCUGAAAUAUGGCCAGUCUAUGCCACAUUUCAGUUUACCUUCUGCAAGUCAAAUCUGUUAGACCACUUUUUUUGUGAACGCGGGCAACUGCUCAAACUAUCCUGUGGUGACACUCUUUUCACAGAGUUCGUUCUCUUCUUAAUGGCUGUUGUCAUUAUCAUUGGUUCACUGACCCCAACAAUAGUCUCCUACACCUACAUCAUCUCUACCAUCCUCAAGAUCCCCACAGCCUCGGGCCGGAGGAAAGCCUUCUCUACGUGUGCCUCUCACUUCACCUUUGUUGUGAUCGGCUAUGGCAGUUGCUUGUUCCUCUAUGUGAAACCUAAGCAAACACAGGCUGCUGAGUACAACAAGAUAGUUUCCCUGUUUAUUUCUGUGGUGACCCCUUUCCUGAACCCUUUCAUCUUCACCCUGAGGAAUGACAAAGUCAAAGAGGCCCUUCGGGAUGGUAUGAAACGCUGCUGUCGACUGGUCAAGGAUUAAAUCUCUCUAUAUCAGUUUUGGGUGGCAAUGUCUUCACUAUCAAUUAUUCACUAACCUAGAAAACCCUAGCUCCUCUCUUAUAAUUAUCAUCUUUUCAAAGAUCAGUUUUGUAAAACCUCCAAUCUGUGCUGUUGGAGAAGACAAGACAGAUAAAAAUGAAAC